GUGCAACCACAAAUGUUAUUUUGUACCCACAAGUAUUCGUCAUUGUGUCGGUAAUGCUAACAUUUACACCUCUUUAUUUCCCCCCCUUUUUUCUCUUUUUCGCCAUGGCUCCAUUUCUGAAUGCCCCAUUCUUGGCAUGCAGUCUUUGGCUUGACUUUGCAAACGCGCACAGUCCAACUCAAGCUCACAGAGCAGUGCUCUGUCUUCCUUUUCUCCAUAUUGGCUGCUUCUCACUGUUGUCUCGAUCAAGAGACUAGAGCAAGCAAAUCUUGUGCGUGUCGCGUCGUUGAAUGUGCGUGUGAGCAAUUGUGUAUGCGAGAGGAAAAGGAGAGAAAGCUCUCUGCUCUGUUCGCUCCUCCAAUCCCCGCGCAAUGCCAUGCCUCCUAUUCUGUCUCCCCCAAUUUCAAUUUCACUUCUUCUGUAAUGUGUGUAUUGACUCUGUUCCUGUUGCAACUGCUGUCGUUGCUGUUGUUUAGUUAUCAUUUCUCCUUGUUUCUUCAAAAGAAAACAACCACGUCCCAAAUGAAGAAAAGGGGGAAAGAAAAAAAAAAAAAAAAAGAUUCUUUUGUAAAUACUAAACAAAGGAAAAAAAAAAAAAAAAAAAAAAAAAAAAGAGCAGGGAGAGAAUAAACGUCCUGUCAAGCUACUCACUGGUUCCCAGAACCUUGAGGAAUCCAUUCCUCCUUCUGUCCCUACGCUCAUUCCAUUCCAUUCAGAAAAGAACGGCUCACUCGUCCCUCUCCUUCCCUUUCUAUCUGUCCUUACUAUCCUUAUUAUAAUAAUAAUUAUUUUCAAAUCCGUCCGUCCGUCUUUGCUUUCCCUCACUCACACACUCUUUAUUUCUCCUUCCUCCUCUCCUUUUCUUCUUCACUCUUUUUACUCAUUACGUCUUCCUUCUGCUACGACCCAUUGGA